UCUAUUUGCACAGCAGAGCCCUCAAAUUCCCAAUCCCAUCAUCCUCUUCUUCCCUUCACCCCCUCGUUUCUAUAUUCUUUAUCAUAUCAUAUCCCUUCUGGUUGCCCUAAUUUUUCUCACUCUUUCUCGCCUUUUCUUGCGCUUUCUCGGCAAAAUGGCAAAUGCAGCGUCAGGGAUGGCUGUGCACGAUGAUUGCAAGCUUAGGUUUCUGGAUUUGAAGGCGAAAAGAACCUACCGUUUUAUAGUUUUCAAGAUUGAGGAAAAACAGAAGCAGGUUGUGGUGGAAAAGCUUGGCGAGCCAUCUCAAAGUUAUGAGGACUUCACUGCCAGCCUCCCUGCUGAUGAAUGCCGAUACGCAGUCUAUGAUUUUGAUUUCGUGACUGAAGAGAAUUGCCAAAAGAGCAGGAUUAUAUUCAUUGCAUGGUCUCCUGAUACAUCAAAGGUGAGAAGCAAGAUGAUUUAUGCAAGUUCCAAGGAUAGGUUCAAGAGGGAGUUAGACGGAAUUCAAGUGGAAUUGCAAGCAACUGAUCCUAGUGAGAUGGGGCUUGAUGUUAUCAGGAGUCGAUCCGGCUGAUGUGAUGCAGAUCUGGAGUUGAUUACGUGAAAUGUUCAUAAGAUUGUGGGCUCGAAACUUGCUUUUUAUGAAUGCUAUAUGAUCAUAAUAUUGGCUUGUUCUUAAAAAGUUUUUACCUAAGAGUUUUAAGGAUGAUUGUUCUUUGGGUUUGGUGGACACUGGAUUUUACUUGGAUGGAUUAAUUUUAUAUGCAGGUAAAUAUGGAUGGAUGAAUGCCAGUUUGGUUUUAUCAGGACAACCACUCGGAAUAAUUUUCAAUGAUUUUCGAGUUUUAUAGGUUCCAUUCUUUUCUAUUCAAUUCCUCUCAUGAUUUAA